AUGUCAUUUUCAUCGAAAUCCACUACAGCUCAUUUCAACUUUCAAAAUUUAAUGGACACCAAUAUGGAUAAUCGUUGUUCAUCAGCGUUAAAUGAUAAACGAAUACAUAAUGUUAACUAUGUUCGACAAGUUUUAAGAAGAUUUUUUGGUGUUUCCCACAAGAAAUCUUCAUCAACAACAUGUUUUGAUGAUAUCUCUGAUGAACAAUCACAAGCAACGAAUAUCCUCAAAGCAAGUCCCAUCGUUCCUGUAUUUAUUCAACCAUGUUUACAAUAUGAGAAUCAUACAAAAUUUUCUGGUGAAUUAUUACUUGAUUGGUUUUUAAGUCAUUUUGAAGGUCGUCAUGAAAAUCUAUCAUCAAUUACACAAGUUAUUUUACAAUGUUGUACAUGUCUUAUUUCUCUUGGCGUACUUCGAACAGAAAAUAUUCAAAAUGAUGAUUUAUUUCAAACACAAAAUUUGUAUUCUUGGGCAACUAACAUUGAUGAAGAUGAUGAUGAUGCAAAUAUGAAAUUAUCAUCAACAAGAACAUCCAAUAACAUUAACCAUCAUCUUAUUGAAAGCAAAGAAAACAACUAUAGAACAUCGACAGCGACAACGAUUUUGAACAUUCUUAAAAACGAAUACGGUUUUCAUCCUGGUAUUAAACCAAUCGAAAAAAGUUCAAUAUCCAUACAAGUCAAUCUUUUAAAUCGAAUAGAAAAGAUUGAACAAUCAACACAGACCGAUCAAAUUAAUUUACCUCUAGUUUCUUAUUCUAAGAAAUGCUUGAUAUUUAAAUUACAAUCAAUGUCAUCAUCGAUUGUGACAAAUCCAAGUUCAGAAUGCGAAUCAUCAUCUUCAACAUCGAAUUGUUAUGAUGAACUAACUAUUCGACGAGCAAUGCAUCAGUUUUUAUCAUGUGUUAACAACAGUGAUUCUUCAUUACCUGUUGAUGAUAAUGUUCAUUCAUCUGUUUCAUCUUCACUUGUCCUUCAUCCUUCACUAUCGUACAAAAACAAUCAGGCUAAAUUUACAAAUGAUUUAUUAAUUGAAUGGCUAGCGUUGAACUGUGAUACAAGGAAUUCUUCUACGCACCCGUAUGCUAAACAAGUCAAAUCAAGUUUACAUUCGAAUGUUAAUUCAAAUUCAAAUGACCUUCGAAAAGUAUUAACUUUAAAUGCGUCAUUAAAUGAAUCGAAGAUACCAACAUCACCUAUUAGAGAACAAAAUAAAUCAUCGAUUUGUAAACCUCAUCAAAAUAUCAACGAUGAUGUAUGUUCACUUUUGUCAAAUCUUCUUAUUCAAGUUGAUGAAAAAUCAGAUUCAUCUGAUACAACAUCUUCCACAUUAAACAUUCCACAGCCACUGUCAGUUCCUCUACCUCCUCCACCAUUACCAUCAUUCUUUGGUAUUUCUACACCGACAUCAACUUCAUUUGUUCCGCCGCUGCCAUCUUCUUUUCCAACCAUUAAUAUUCCACCACCUCCACCAUUUCCUAAUUUUGGUGUAUCUUCACCACCUCCACCGCCACCUCUGCCACCUUUUCUAAUCUCAACGGGCCCACCGCCACCGCCGCCUCCUCCUCCUCCACCACCUCCGUUUCCUGGUUUUGGUGUUCCACCGCCUCCCCCGCUAUCAAUGGGGUCUGGUGGACCUCCACCUCCACCUCCAAUGAUGCCAGGAUUUGGUGCACCACCACAAUUACCACAAUAUUUACGCAAGAAACAAAAAUAUGCUGUAACUGAACCAGUAAAAAAAGUUCAAUGGAGCAAAAUUAAUCCUCAUGCAAUUAAAAAAGAUUCUAUGUGGGUUCAUGUCGAUGAAGAAAAAUAUGUUAAUGACGAACUUUUUUCUGAUAUACGAAAAAAUUUCGCUAGCAAAAUAGCUCCAAGCCGACAACCCAUCUACGAUCUGGUUGAUAAAUCCAAAGAAUUGCGCGUUCUUGACGCUAAAGCUGCGCAAAAUUUUGCUAUUAUGUUCAGUCAGUUGAAGGCUCCACCAUCAGCUUUUCGUGAAUGGAUGCUUUCAUGUGAUAAUGAAUAUUUAAAAGAUGAUUUUCUGAAACAAUUAGAAAAAUAUUUACCAACAGCUGAAGAAUUAAAAGCGUUAGCUGAAUUUAAAAAUGAAAUCAAUGAUUUACAAUAUUCGGAACAGUACUUUUGUGCGAUUGGUGAUAUAAAACGAUUAAAACAACGUUUAAAAACUCUUUUAUUUAAAGCAAAUUAUAAAGAAACAGUUGAAGAAACAGAUAAAGCAUUUGUUGAAGUUCGCAAUGCAUGUGAUCAUGUUCGCCAUUCCAUGAAAUUUAAAAAAAUGCUCGAACUAAUUUUAACAGUAGGAAAUUAUAUGAAUUCAAGUGCAAAAUCUUACGAACCAGUACACGGAUUUGAUAUUAGUUUUUUACCAAAAUUGCAUUCGACAAAAGCAAACGAUGGUCGUCGUUCAUUACUUCAUUUUAUAGUUCAAGCUAUAGAAAAUAAACAUCGUGAUUUACUUUCAUUUUCUGAUGAAUUUAAUUCUCUUGCUGAUGGUAUAUCGAAAAUUAAUAUACUUGAAUUACAAAAGCAACCGAAAGAAAUCAAUAAAGAAUUAAAAAAUGCUCGAGAAGAAUUAGAUUUUGCAAAAAAUAUCGAAGAACCAAUUGAUGGCGAUAAAUUUGUUCAAUCUAUUGAAGAUUUUAUUAUUCGAGCUGAUAAUGAUGUUGCUCGACUAGACCAAUUAGAUGGAGAAAUGACACAAUCAUAUCAAAAUCUUUGUGACUUUCUAGCAAUUGAUCCAAAGAAUUAUACUCUUAAUGAAUUUUAUACAGAUCUCAAAUCAUUUUGUUCUUUGUUUUCGGCCUGUCUUCAAGAAGUGCGAGCAUGGCGUGAACAAGCAGCAAAAGCAGCGAAAAUAUCAAAUACACCCUUGUUAGUCGAGAAAAAGACUCACGCUACUCCCGAUGAUUCGCCAGUAACAAAUCGUCGUCCAUUAUCACGUAUUGAAGAUUUACUUGAUAAACGUAAAACAAAUCGUGGAUUAACACCUACAUUAACUCCAACUAAACAACGCUCACAAUCAUAG